GCCGUCGUCUUCUUCACUUUCAUCCUUUCAAGCAACCAAAAAUGUCAAACACCGAAGAACAAGAAGGACCACAAGAACUCACGUUUGAACAAAUCGGAUUAGACCCACGUCUAAUUCACGCCUUAACCAAGAAAAACAUCCAGCAACCCACUCCAAUUCAACAAACCGGAAUCCCAUUAAUCCUCGAGGGUAAAGAUGUAGUUGCUCGUGCGAAAACGGGUUCUGGUAAAACGUUUGCUUACUUGCUUCCGUUGCUUCAAAAACUCAUGUUGUUGGAUGGUAAGAAUAGUAGUGUUUCGUCGGCGAAAGCAUUGGCUCCUACUGCUAUCAUUCUUGUUCCGUCAAGAGAGCUUUGUCAACAGGUUUAUUCGGAGGUGGUCUCGUUGAUUGAGUUGUGCAGAGUGCAGUUGAAAGUGGUUCAGUUGACGGGUGAACCGAGCUUUUCGGAAAUGGCGAGCGCCUUAGCGGGUCCUCCGGAUGUUUUUGUUUCGACCCCUGCGUGUGUUCAACGGUGCUUAUCUUCGGGUGUUCUUCAGGCGAAAGGGAUACAAGAUUCUCUUUCGAUUCUUGUUCUUGAUGAGGCGGAUCUUCUUUUCACUUAUGGAUAUGAGAAGAAUCUUAAAGAUCUUAAAGCUCACAUUCCGAAACGAUGUCAAUGCCUUCUCAUGUCUGCUACCUCAAGUGAAGAUGUUGAAAAUUUGAAGAAACUCUAUCUACACAAUCCUUACAUUCUUACUUUACCAGACGUCGGUGACGGAAAGGACGAUAUCGUCCCUAAAAAUGUUCAGCAAUUUUGUAUACAAUGCAGCGAACGGGAUAAGCUUCUCCACAUUCUCGCACUUUUGAAGCUCGAUCUUGUACAAAAGAAAGUUUUAGUAUUUACAAACACCAUCGACACAAGUUUUAAACUUAAACUGUUUCUUGAACAGUUUGGUAUAAAAUCCGCCGUGUUAAAUGCCGAGUUGCCCGUAAAUUCAAGGCUACAUAUCCUAGAGGGAUUCAACGCUGGGCUCUUUGAUUAUUUAAUUGCAACCGAUGAUAGUGAAACGAAAGAAAAGGAACAAACCGACGCAGAAAAGCAGGCCGAAACGAAAAAGUCAAAAAAACAUAAGAAGCGGAAGUUGGACUCAGAGUUUGGUGUCGUUAGAGGCAUAGAUUUCAAAAACGUUUAUACGGUCAUAAACUUUGAUAUGCCUUUGAGUGCUGCAGGGUAUGUUCAUCGAAUCGGGCGAACUGGACGAGCAUUUAACACGGGUCAAUCUGUUUCGAUCGUUUCUCCUGAUGAGAUGGAAGUAUUUGAAGAAAUUAAAUCGUUUUUGGGAGAAGACGAAGAGAAAGACUUGACAUAUGUUGCUCCGUUUCCGCUUCUGGAGAAGAAUGCUGUCGAGUUUUUACGGUAUAGAGCUGAGGAUGUCGCAAGGAGUGUGACGAAAAUCGUUGUCAGAGAAGCCCGAGCUCAAGAUCUUCGCAAUGAAAUUCUUAAUUCUGACAAGUUGAAAGCUCAUUUUCAAGAAAAUCCAAGGGAUUUAGAUCUUCUGAAGCAUGACAAGCUUCUAAGCAAGAAAGCCCCUGCGCCUCAUCUACGUGACGUGCCCGAGUAUCUGCUGGACCCGACAACUCAACAAGCUAGCAAAUUUGUUAAACUCACCCGAGCUGCUAUGGGAAGAAAUAGCAACAAUAACAGCGGCAGGGGUCGUAAAGCCAGACCCAAAAAAGCCGGAGAUCCCCUCAAGACUUUUUCUGCAGACGCUAAAGGGCAGAAGAGGAAAGGCAAAGAGUUUGGGCCAAAACAGAAAAAGAAGCAACAAGUAUGAUUGUAAAAAGUCUACCAAAAUUUUGUAGCAUUGUUUUUGAGGGAUCUUAAUCAUAUAGACUUAUGUAACAUUUAUUUUGUUAUAGUUUUUAUUCGACUGAAAAUUAAUUUGCGCGGAUCUUAA